CAAAGACAUUUUAAACUUUCAGCGAAAUAGUGUCGGACGAGGACACUUCCAUCCUUGUUGAUUGAAUCGUACUCGCUGUUGUAGGCUUUGGUUCUUUCUAGUGCUCUGGAAGCUGCAUUGCUUCGUCCACUGCGCUGUUGUCAACCUCAGUCGGAUCAUACGGAGGAGGGAGCCGCAUUGCCCUCUUGUUAAAUUUGGAGCUCGGAGGUUUCUGAUUGUCAAUUUUGUCGUUAAACUAUUUGUCAGAGAGCUUUGUACGUGCUUUCUCCAUUGGAUCGGUCCUACUAUACACGCGGAGCGGAAGCCAAUGAACUUCUCCAACAAUUACAUGUCUGCAGCGUCUGCUGUGAGGACUCGAGCUUUCUAAGUCUACAUCGGCAGAAGACAGCAGAUUCUAGAUACUGCAUAGCAAACAUCUUAGUCGGAUAUCUUCAGCAUCAUGGAUGGUCUAAAACCUCCAGAGGUCGCUGCAUCUGCUGAAGCGUCAACAUCUGCGUUUUACGCUAAUGCAGACACGUCUUCCUCCGACAUGAAAUGUAAACAUUUUGCAACAAGGGAAACUUCAGGUCAAGAUCCAUGGAUUGAGGAGAAAAUACCAGAAAGUCCGAUUAUGGGAUCUACAACUUGUCUCUCCCAAGAUGAAAACAGGGACACUUCAUAUGUCCCAUGUCUCAUGCUUUCUGAAAACUUUUAUGAUUCACGUGGAACACUAACCAAUCAACAAACUACUUGCUGGGAGAUGGACCGCUCACGUGUGCUCCAACAUGCGACAUCGCACUCAGAGAAGCAUACUGAAUUGCCUGCAAGGUCUACUCCUGGUGAUUUGUCAUGGACUUCCCUGAACAAUAUCACUAGUAGCAGGUACCCAUCGAACCUGGACGUGAAAAUCAAAAGGGUUGAUGCCAACGUUAAUGCCCACUACACAGGUACAAGAAACGAAUCUGAGAUACUUGCUGACAACACACCCUUUGUCGGUCGAGAUCUAUCAGUACCAAAUAAGGAGAGUCUGAAGAUGUCUGAUGUAUAUGACGAAGAUAUUGAACACUCUCGAAACUCGACUCUUCUCAAUCUAAACAAGACAUUUAUCGAUCAUCAAGUAUCAUGUGAAGGCAGCUAUAUAAGGUCAAAUAAUGUUCACGUAGAAAGGGUAGUCGUUCAGUCUUCCAAAAAUAUCUACGGAGAAGCAUCUCGGAUCAAGCCGACUGAGCAGAAUGAUAUCCACCAGAAGUUCAAAUCUAUACUCACGAAAGUUCCGAGAAACAGUAAGGAAAGUAAGGAAAUGAGCGUGGAACAGCUACAAUCAAUGGAUCUCCUUACUAACAAGGACGCAGUGAGUUCCAGUUGCACGAGCAUCAGCGAAGAAAACUUCAACACCACGCCCGAGUCCAAAGAUCCAGAGCUUUUUUCUGAACAUUGCAGUUAUCGGGCAGCUCGGGGCUGCGCUGUUCAUCCCAGAAGUAUUGCAGAACGAGUGAGGAGAUCUCGUAUUGCUGAAAGAGUGAAAAUACUAGAGGCCAAACUGCCAUAUCCUACCAAAAAAAAGGGAAAGCGUACACUACACACAGAUGAAAUACUAGAGAGAACAGUCAACUACAUCAAAUGGCUUGAGGAGUGCAUAAAGAUGCUCCAGUCAGAAAUAUCCUAGUGCUUCUAUGGGAUGUUCAAAUACCUCUUGUAACAAAUCCAGAGGGUAUUCGACAGACAUCAAGAAAAUUGUGGACACAUUUGAUCAGACCAGAAGAGUUGGAUGAUACCCCAGAUGUCUAACUAUUCAUGUCCAUUUUUACAAUUCAUGUGCAUUUAGGACUUCAAAGAAAAAUGGAGGCAUGAUAUAAAAAAUUUGAAUUUUGUAUAUAGCCCUACUUCGAUGGAAGUGAUCCAGUAGAUAUGCUCACUUCAUAAUCAAUUGUUAGUUCCUUAUAGAUAUAAGGGCCACUAGGGUUACCGUAGACUUAAGAAGACCUCGGAGGAGACAUGGAAUUAUAGAUGCAAGAAAAGUUGGUCAGUGCUUUACGUAGAGAACCUUGUUUGACUUGACCGACAUUAGAUUACCAUGUAGAAACUUCCGUCAGUCAGACGGGACGUAAAAUAACAAGUGCAUAUCUACAUUCAACGACAAUGUCACAAUAAUAAACAUGACAUAUUUGAAAUUU